AUGGCGGCGCGAUGCUUGUGGACGGUGGCUUUCGGUGUCCCCGCGGCAGCGCGCGUCCUUUGGGUACCGGCAACCUUCGACCCGAAUGAGAGAAGGAGUCUUGGUGGCAACAACCUAUUCUCAAGAGACAAUUCUGUAUCUUCUUGCGGGGCGAGCUACCCGAGCGACUUCACCUGUCCUUCCAGCACCCAGUGUCUAGCGCUGAACACGACCUCCACAAAGGCGGUCCUAUGCUGUCCUGCCGGCCAGGACUGCCAGAUCAUCAAUCCAGUCAAUUGCGAUCAAAGCUUACAGAAUGCGACCUUGGUACCGAACAGUCAGCUGCACGCGAACCCAACACUAUCAUUGACUACAGCCUCGACAAGCGCCACAGCCACUAGAAGUACUACCACGAGCUCUGCUUCUACACCUACGACAUCAAACGGUGCUUCUGCUACUGCUAUACCUGGCGAAGCGGUCGACGGUGGCGCUACCUCCUCGUCUUCGAAUUUCUCAGGAGGCUCCUUCGCUGCUGGCUUUGUGCCAGGCGUCUUUCUGGGAGCACUUUUGAUAGCGUGCCUUCUAUUUAUUCUGCUCCGACGAAAGAAGAGGACUACCAACGCGUACUACAACGAGAAGCAGAGCCCACGUGAUACACUUACCGACUUGACAACACUCAGUCACAGACCAACGAUGCAUGGACGCUCCAUCAGCGAGCCUACGCCAGACCCAGCAGCCGCGCGGACUGACUUCCUACGCGGUACACCACCACGUGUACCGGAUGGGACGAAUAGUGAGAAUGGCUACAGCGUCAACAUCUUUGGUCCUACAUCAGCACCCAGAACUCCUGCGCGAACGCCAAUGGCAGCAAAAGCACUAUUUAGUCGAUCGCCCUUCAUGAAUCAGACGCCGGCGACCCCGCUAUCUACCCAGCCUCCUUUGCCAGCACAUCUGAAGCGCGGCACACUCUCAUUCAGCAUCAGCCCGGUCAGGGCACUCAGAAAGCAAAAGAGCUCAUACUCGCUUCGCCGGCACAUGACCGAUGCUUCACGAGGCAGCGAUCGACGGAUGACCCGAAAUAAUAGCACAGAGACCAUACAGGUGCUCAUGCCUAAUAACGAACCAUAUACGCCCGACCAACGACCACCACAAAUCCAGCUUCCGGCAACACUAGGUUCUAGUGUCUACAAACCUCAAAAAGUAUACACUAGUGCUGCCGAGUCAUGGCGGCUCUCGCAUGCAGCUGAUCUGGAAGACGCUGGGCCUGCACCAUAUGCGCCAUCAGCAUCCACAUAUCUGGACUACACGUCCAUGAAGGACCGGGGCUUCACGAACAACAGCGAGAGUAAUGUGGGAAGAAAGCUGGGGACGCCAUACACACCUAGCAAGUAUACUGGACUUGGCAAUAACGGUACGGCGACGGGUGCAAGUAGCAGCGCAAAUAGUCCUCUUGGGGCAUCUGGACGUGCUGACAAGCGCGUCACAACUUUUAGUGCAUUGAUGGAGAAGGCCGGCCUGAACAAAGGCGAAUGGCUACCUGAACACAGCAGUCGGAAGUGA